AUGAACUGCAACUCCUCCCAGCCCUACGCUACCCAACUGAGGACGCCCGCGUCGCCUGACCCCCAGAGCCCCCUAGACUUCGUGCUGGACAACACCGCCCCUACCGCCUCCACCCCGGACAAUUCUGCCCCGUCGAACGUGGCCCAGAAGCGCCAGAGUAGCAUGUCCACAUACCCUAACAAUCCGGCCAUCAAACGUACCCCCACGCAGAUCGCCCAGCCGUUCACCAACCAGAGCCCCGUAGGUUUCAGCGCAAACCUUGCCGCCAAUCCCAUAAACGUCCCUGUGAACGUCCCUGUAAACGUCCCCAUCACAGCCGUAGCCGCCGGUCUCCCUGGCAACCCCGUCCACAGCGCCAACAGCAUCCACAGCGCCGCCGCGCUUCCGCAGACACAUUUCCUGUCGCCGUAUCGCAUGUCGGCACCUGCCGUGCGCCGUAAAACCCGUAAAGGCCCUGCCAAUUCCGCCCUUGCCAAUAGCCUGGCCAAAACCCCCACGUCCUCCACGUACGACGUGCCGCUGAGCCCCAACGCCACCCAGACAUCCAUGAACAACGACUCGGGUCUGUCCGAGCUGAGCCCCAACACCGAGCAGCUCGGCGUGCAGCAGGGUGGUAGAGAUCUGGCCGAGUUGGGCUCCUCGCAGCAGUCCACCAUGCACCAUCCGCAAGCUGCCAUGGGCGGCGGCAGCGCUGUGCAGAUGCAGCCUCGGGCCAUGUCCGAUGAGGAGCAGCAGUUGGCCACCAAGUUGAAGGAAACGUACAAGAACAUUGUCAAUUUCGAGGAGGUGGUGCAGAAGAGCUGCAUCGACUUGACCAUCAAGUUGAACCAGAGCAAUUUCCACUCCGCACUGCAGACCUUCCAGCCAGCCAUCUACACACAGCCGCUGUUGGCGGGCCUGCCUGGAAUUUCGGCAAAUAUUCCCGUCAAUCUGACCGAGCUUAGUAACAACUUGUGGACCAUCUACCACCAUAACGUGACCCUCUUGAACAACUACUACGACUUCUUGAUCACUGCAUUGAAGCACACAGCCAACACUACACAGUUUAAGACCGGAAAAAAUAUCGUGGACUUGUAUAAAAUCCCGCGCCGUAUGUGGGUCUAUGGAAUCGUAGGUUUUUUAGAGGUGCUUAAAAACAUCAUCACCAUAUUCCAAGACCACGAGGUGUUCCUGUGCUUCAUCGCCUACUGCUUCAGCAUCGUCUCUAAUCUUACCGAUCCUGCUUUGGAGAUGGAAGGUUGGUGGUGCGAGAAAUUAGGAGACUUAUCGAGAAUGGCGAUCGCCCUCUAUUCUUCUCGUUUCAUUGACUGGAAAAUUUCCGCUGAAUACUGGUACGCAGUAUCAAUGAAAACCAUGUAUGGCCACGGAAAGAUUUACUAUCACAUGUGUACCGUGCAACAGGACAACUUAGAUGCAUUGGUAAACAUCGGUAAAUCCGUCAUUUGUAGGGAUCCUUUUGUUCCUACACAGCCUUACCUUAGGCUCGUUGUGGAGAACAUUUGCACCCAAAGGAACAUAUUGUCUCUUCUUGAGUUGCCUAUCAUUGACUUCAUCAAGAUUCACAAGGUUCUUUUAUCAAUCUACAACGCCAACAUAUUUGAGAACGGCCACGAAAGUCAACAGGAAAACAUCCACGAUACACAGCUCCAAUAUGGUAUUAACUUGGUGACUAGAUAUGGCUUAACAUUUGGCUGUGAUUCACAUGGAUACAAUUUCUUCACCCGAACUUUCUGUAUUCCCGGCACCCACAAUAAGUACGUUCCAGAUCCUUUCAGUCCACCCUUCAAGCAAUUAGACACAGACCAACAGCCCAACACGCUUGACAGUGUUGAGAAGACAAGCUUUUGGUUUAAUAAGGGUGCUCUGUUUGCCAUUGCCAACGUCAAUCAUCUUGUCGGUUUCGGAGACCCUCGUAACCCAUUCGCCAAGGUGUUCCAACUACCCGAGGCGUUGAAGGAAAGAAAAGAUAAGAAAGAGCGUAAACGCAAAACGAAGCCGCUGGAUGGCAACGAGGGAUUGACAGACAAUGCCUCUUCUAUCAACAUCGGUGGCUUCGACAGCCCAUUCUUACUAGCCUCGGAGUUGUCUGCCGUUGACUGGUUCUACUGCCUCACUUAUGUGAACAAAUCCGUGCUAGAGCUCUCUUUCAGAAUCCUUAAUCAUUACUUGGUUGGACCGAAACAAGCGUCCACCUGCCAUGUCAUUGUCUGGCUAUACUUUUUAAUUGCAGUGUCUGAGGCUACCAAAAAGUACCCGUCAUCUAGAAAUAUGUUUCAGUGGCUUUUCCGCAAAUUCUUCCCUUGGGAGUCUUUGAUAAACUACUUAAACCUGCUUCUCACCGUCAUUAGUAGUAAUCCAAAACUCAACAGUCGUUGUUGUCAAUAUUUGAGAGAGUGUCCAGAUAUUUUGGAGUACUUCAAUCAACAGGAGAGUCUUCCCGAAGUUUGGAAAUGCUGGGGUACGCUCUGGUUCGAUGUCAUCAAUUCUAAGACAGACUUUAAGGAUUUCGAGAGUGCCGGUAUACUGAGUUGCAACUUAUUUGACAUGCCAAUCUGUGGUACAUCUCCAGGCAUUAGCUCAAAUAGUUUUGGUCAAGCCAAGAGCAAGGAUGGCCAUGAGAACGACAACGACGAAAGAGUGGUACGUAUUAUUCUUUUAGCGCGCCAUUUAGCUGACCAAAACGAAUAUGGAUUGGUCAGAACUGCAGAAGGAUUUAAGUAUAGCGAGCAGGUUUACCGCGAGACGGAAAGCGACUUGCUCAUUUCGCUGACCGCUCCGUCUAUGACUACCGAGCUUUUCACAUUCGUGCGGGAAGUGAUGUUUUCGGAUAGCAGACUCGUUCAAAACAACUUUGUAUCGAACGUGUUCCCCGAGAAUCUUGCGGAUGUAGAGGCCUAUGCUAAGCUCAGUCCGGAGGCUAAGGACGAGAUGUGGUUCAAUAUGGCUGCGGACGGCCUCAGAAAUUCAGAGGAAUCGCUCGACAUCGAUAUUCCACAAACUGGAACCGAUAAUGAUGCCGGAUCUUAUGCUGAUAAUGAGUUUGACACUGAUUAUCAGAACUACGAACCACAUGCUCGCACAAUGCACGAACACGAGAUGUUUCACCAACAUCAACAUCAGCAGGCUUUGGCCCAACAAAAUACUGAUAACUCCAGCCACAUGUAUCCAAGCAAUUACGCAGUGAAUCCCGAUUUCUUGCCUCAUUUAGGAAACAGCGAGGUUCAAGUGGAAGGCGACUUGGGAGACCGGAUGGACACAUCCCUCACCUACAUCACUCUUGACACAAACAUAUGGCUCAAACAUUGCGGUAGAAUCUUCAAAUGCGUGAGAAACAAAUCUUUCAAAGCUCUGAUCCCGCUCAUAGUCUUUCAAGAGCUCAGAUCUCUUCGGAAGUCUGCCGAGGCUACAAUAUCUGAUGCUGCCACCCGGUCAGUCAUCAUUAUCCGAGAAUUGUACUUGGCACGGGAAAUCCUUCCAUUGAGAUUUGAUGGAACUGUGGCUAGUGAUAUCAAUGAGACAGCAGAGUUUGAGAAUAAUAGCAGCUGGAUGAGCAACGUGGACCUGACGAUGCUCAAUGUUGUCAACGAGCACGAUGAGAUCAGUAAACGCCUUUUGAAGGGAUUGCACGCAAAGCUCAGUGGUAAGUCUCCAGUUGUUCUCGACAGCAAAGCAGCAAAGGCAUUCAGAUAUUGUGUCCUCAUCACUGACGAUAGAAACAUGAGGCUCAGAGCAAAGACUUCAGGUCUCACCAGCUUCCAAAGCAAAUGGCUUUUCAACCAAUUGGAAACCAUCUACAGCAACAAAUGCAUCGAUUAA